AUGGUGCUCCGCAUGCUCUGGAAUAUCGGCUCGGGACUCGUGUAUGGGGCCCUCCACAAGAGCCCUCGUGCUGGGUUGGCGGGGCUGCACUACCCAGCGGUGUGGAGAGCUCGCUCUGGAUUCCUCGACUGUGACGUGAACCUGCACCUCAACAACUCGUCGUACCUCUUCAGCAUGGAGCUCGCUCGCUGGCACUUCACAGCGUCGAACGGCGUGUUGUGGCACGCUAUCAAGCACCGGCGGAUGUUCCUCGCGGCGUCUCAAGCCAUUCGCUUCCGUCACGCCAUCCCGCCGUUCCACGCGUACGAGAUCAAGACGCAGAUGGUGUACUGGAACGGCCCGUGGAUCUACUUCCUGCACCAGUUCCAAGACCCCACCAGCGGCAAGCAGUUCGCCGAGGGUUUGUGUCGUGUCAUGGUCAAGCAGCGCGGAGAGGGCGUGGAUUUCGAGAAGAUGAUAGCAGAAGUGUACGACGGACCGAUCCCAGCGCAACCUGCUCAAGUUCCCGACGUGGUCAAGGGGUUUCUUGAGUGGGAUGCGGCUAGUCGCUCCAGUAUGGAAGCGUCCCAUGAGCUGGAGAAGGCCAAGAUCAGUAAAAGCCCACCGCCAGCUACACCCGAAGGACUCGCAGCUCGCGUUUGGAUGGAGAUGCAGCGUUCUAUGAACCGACCCUAG